GUUUCUGCGACCAUCAAUCUUCACGUUUGCUUCUUCUACUGCUUCUUACAAAAGACCUAUUUCAUUCUCAUCUUCUUUCUUAAAAUUCCCAAAAAUGGAUUCUCACUCGAAUCUCUCCAUUGCGUCUUCUCUAUCAUUAUCAUCGUCAUCAUCAGUGGAUGAAAAGAAGAACCCUAAUAGAAAGCUUCCGAUUUUGCUGUUUGAUGUUAUGGAUACCCUUGUUCGUGACCCUUUUUACCAUGAUAUUCCUGCUUUCUUUAGUAUGACUUUUCAAGAACUAAUAGACUGCAAGCAUCCAACUGCAUGGGUUGAUUUUGAGAAGGGGCUGAUUAACGAGGUGGAGCUAGCUAAGGUAUUCUUCAAGGACGGCAGAUCUUUUGAUUUGGAUGGUCUUAAGAACUGUAUGAAAAGCGGAUUUUCCUACUUAGAUGGGGUUGAGGCAUUGCUUUCCAAUUUGAAGCAAAACAGCUAUGAGAUUCAUGCUUUCACAAACUAUCCUGUUUGGUACAAUAUGAUUGAAGACAAGUUAAAACUCUCAAAUUACUUGUCCUGGACAUUCUGCUCCUGUGCUAUAGGAAAGAGAAAGCCUGAAGCUGAUUCUUACUUGGAAGUUCUGAGGCAGCUUGAAGUUGAGCCAGAUAACUGUAUUUUCAUUGACGACAGGAUGGUGAACGUCGAGGCAGCAAAGAAUGCUGGGAUCGUCGGUAUACAGUUCAAGGGCGCUGUUGCUCUCCAAGAAGAACUAUCUCAACUUGGAGUCGAAACUAUUGCUUCACUCAACGGUCAAAACAUGAAUCCAGUGCUGGAGCCGUGAACCAUCUCUUCAUCUUUUUUUUUUCUCCUUGGACUAUAUUUGCCAACACAAAUGUGGUUGUACAGGCGUCAUAUUUAAUUUGGACCGAGGCAUAAAAACUGCCCAUGGACCUCUCUGGCUCUCUCAUUACAGACAAAAAAUCUCUCUUCUUUGGGGUAACCUACUUCUAGCAAUAAAGGUUUAUCUCCUAUUUUCUCCUCA